ACGGAUCACGCCGAAACCAACCGGGUAGUACGCUUCUUGGCCUCUUUGAAGAAGGAGACCAAGAUCUGCUCUGACGAUAUCAUCCGGACUUUUAUAUCGCGCCGGGUGCUUCCUUUGAAGCGCCGCGUGCAUAGGAUGAGCGAGAUGUACGGCCCCGGCGAUCCUACCAAGAUCACAAGCCGUCCUCUUAGCAAGAAGGAUGUUGUUCGCAAGGCCAAGCAGAUUUGCCAAACUGCUAUGCCGUUUGAUUGGGAAUGGGGCUUGCUUCCCCUCAGCACUACUAACCCUCCGACCCAAGAAGCCAAGGACCGCUUCCCCCUCAUCCAAGCCGAGCGACGUGGGAUUCCGGUGAAGCGCGCCCUUGACUCCUUCGACCCAGAUCCCUACAUUUUUUGGAAGGAUCUGAAGAUGGGCAAGACCCCGGCUGCGCGCCUUGGCCGGGACCCGCCGGAGCCAACCGGGUCCUCCGAUGACCUGACCAUGCUCGAGGUAUUUCCUUUUCCGGUUUCUUGUACUUUACCGUCAUUGCUUCGUUGCGAGUUGCCUCUUAACCAUUUUUUACUCAUAGAUCCAUGA